AUGACCGCUAAGAUAUUAAAUCCCUUCGAUAUCCCUGUAUAUCCUUCUUCGAAGGCAUGCAGAUAUGAAUUUAAUUUUCCAACACGAAAGGAGAGCACUUUUGAUUACAUCCCAAGAAAACGCAUAGAAACUAAUUGUUCUAAGGAAAAUAUGGUUCAACCCAAAUAUUUAAACUUACUGAACAGUUUGAAGAAAUAUAUGUAUGAAAUAAUUGAAGAAAGUUGUUUUGACAUUAAGUCAUUUAAUAAUAUUUCGAAUGGGAAGAGAGCAUGCAAUGAAGUAUUUUAUAAUCUCGAAGAUACGAUUAUCAACGAUUCAAGUAUGUAUAUUAAGAACAAAUUAUUGCAGAGUAACGAGAAUGUAUCGAAUAGUUGCAUGGACAAGAAAGCGAUAUGUAAAAAAUUGGAUAUGUUGUUAAAUCAUAGAAUUGAAGGAAAUUAUUCUCAAGAUGAUGUUUCAAAUAAUGCUUAUUUGCAAUUAAUGCAAAAGGGAAAAGAGGGUAAAGGAAAUGAGUGUAUAUAUUGUUGUACUACGAAGGAUGUAAUAUUACAUGCACACAAACCUACAAUGAAUUAUAUGAACAGUUACAAAUUAUCAAGAGAUAAUAUAGGCAAAUUACAUCUAUUUAUUGUCAAGGAAGAAAAAGUAUUAUUUUUUCCCAUACUUUAUGCUGAAAUGAUAAUAAGAUAUAACAUGAAAUUUUUUCCUUCAUCUAAAUUGUAUAAUAUUAAAAAUACCGCGUCUUUGAUGAAAUGUAAAAGAGUAUUCUCAUAUGUAAUCAUAUUACAUUCUUUAAUGAAUUCAAUAUGUAUUACACAUUCGGAUGACAUACAUUCUUCUCUGUACAAAAAUAAUGAUGUCAUGUACUUUUAUGUUAUUAAAGGAAAAGACGUUGGCUUAUAUGAAAUUAUAAAAUUUCCAAUGAAUCAUAUUUCUUAUGAUAUGAAUAUUUUUAAUGAUUCUAAAACUGAUAUAGGUAAUAUGAAUUAUAUCCUUGAGAUGAAUAUAGAAGAACACUUAUUUGAUAAUAUGUAUUUUAUUCUAUGUAGUAUAUCUUAUAAAAAUGUGUUUCACAUUAAUAUAAUGCAUGUACAUAUGAAAUGUUAUAGUAAUCAAACAUGCAUGGAUUUAAAUAAAUGUUUCAACAUUGUUAAAGAUAUAUAUAUAAGUAGGAAACAAAAUAUGUGUAUUAUUAUAGGUACAAUAAAAAUUGACCAUAUGUUCUGUACCUGUAGUUGCGGAAGUACAGCAAAUAGCAAUAUGGAAAAUAAAAAUAGUAAUAAUAAUAAUAAUAAUAAUACCGGAAGUAAACAAAGUGUGAACAAUUCACGUACAACUAAUAAUAGGAAAAGAAUUAAUAAUACAAGUAGUAAUAAUGGAAAUGAUGAUGACGAAGAUGAUAAAUAUCAAAAUAAAAGAAAAAAAUAUUUUGACGAUUGUAAUAUGAAAGAUGAACACAAGAAGGAAGAAAAGAAUAAACAAAAAAAUAAUAAGAACAAUAAAAAUAAGAAAAACAAUAAAAAUAAUAAUAUUAAUAAUAAUAAUAAUAAUAAUAAUAAUAAUAACAAUAAUAAUAACAAUAACAAUAAUAAUAACAAUAACAAUAAUAAUAAUAAUUCUUUUUAUAAUGAUUGUGUUUUAACAAAUGAUUCAUUUAAAGGAUACAUGGAGGAAAACAAUUUUAUAUUAAAUUCCCAUUCUUCAAAUAACCUUGAUAUGGGAACGCACAUAUGUUAUAACUACCAAAAUAAAAUUAAUCAUAAUAUAACAAAACAAUGUAAUGAUAACAACAAUAUAGUAUUCCACAAUAAUUACUCUCACAAAGAUAAUGUUAAAGUAUUUAACAAUAUAUAUAAUAAUAUUAUAACAGAUAAAGAAAGAGAAAGUAAUGAUAAUGAUUCAACAAAACAAUCAAUAUUAAAUGAUGACGAUGCUGAUAAAUUGGAUAAUAUAAAAUUAAAUAAUUAUAUUUAUAGUAAUAUGAAUGAUUAUUUUACUAUUUGUGAUCCUAACAUAAAUAUUGACAAAACAACAUUACAUGAAAAUUAUCUUAGAUUUCAACCUAACGUUCUUGAAAAAGAUGUAAAUGUUGUUAAUAAACAUAUGACAAUGAGAGAUAUAGAUAAUUUCAAGUAUAAUUCUAUAAGUAAUAAUAAUAGUAAUAAUAGUAAUAAUAGUAGUAAUAAUAGUAAUAAUAGGAACUGUUUGUAUAAUAUAUCUAGUGAGGCACUUAAUAGUUUAAAGAAAAAUGACUCACUUUAUAUGAGGUUACAAAAUAUUAUAUCUUUUUCCAGUGGUCAUAACAAUACAAAGAUUAAGGUUAUAAAUAUAAAUAAUUUCAAUAAUAAUGAAAAUAAUUUUAAAAAUUUAAAUAUGGAUAAUAUGAAUGCACCUAAUGGAGUAACAAACGUCAAUGUGGGCAUAAACAAUGAAGUAGUAAAAGAAGGGAAAACUAAUACUUGCCUAAAUAUAAAUGAGCAAAUACAUUCCCAUACAAAAUUGAAAUGUAUCAAAAAUGGGAAGCCUAGAAAUAUUAAUCAGAAAGAAAAUAAUGUAGUAUAUAAUGAAUCUGAUAAUUCUCAUAAUGAUAAUAAUAAUAAUAAUAAUAAUAAUAACAAUAAUAAUAAUAAUAACAAUAAUAAUAAUAAUAACAACAACAAUAAUAACAACAACAACAAUAAUAACAAUAAUAACAGUUUUGAGAAUAAUAUGCUGUUGCUAUGUAAGUCCAAAAAUGUUAAGAAUCAAAAUAGAAUGAACAAUCUAUUUCGUAAAGAGGAAAAUAAAGAUACGAAAUUAAAAUCUCUUAAUUACAAUAUUUUAAUAAAUCCUUGUUAUAAUAAAAAUAAUGUUAUUAAUGAAUUAUUUAUGAAUACAAAAGAAAAAAACUUAUAUAGUAACACCGACAAGUUUCAUAACACAUUGAAUAAUAAUAUGAAUGUAAACAAUUAUAAUAACCAAAAUAUAAAUAAUAUUUAUCCAUUGACGCAUAAUAUUUCCAUUGUUAACCCUAUAUUGAAUCAUUCCUAUUACAAUGAAAAUACAGAACAAAAUAAUAAAAACCUUUUUCAUAAUACAAAAUUAGUACCUAAAAAUUGUAAUCAUAUAAUGAAUGACUCUGAUAAAUAUAAUUAUUUGAAUGCAUAUAACCAAAAUUAUACCUUAUACAAUAAUGCACUUAAUAACAACAAUUCUUUAGUACAACCAUCAGAUGUUAAUAAUAUGAAUUGUUCAUAUGAAUCCAUUAAUGGUAACAUGCCAAUAAAUGAUCAAUCGUGUGAUUCAUACAAUGAUGAAUAUAAUGGUACAUAUAAUGAUACAUAUAAUGAUGAAUAUAAUGAUACAUAUAAUGAAAUAAAUAAUGAAACAUACAACGAUACAUUAAACGAUACCCCUAAUGAUACACUAUAUGAUACAUUAAAUGAAAUUACUAAUGAUACACCAUAUAUUACACCUACUAAUGCAUGUAACCUUUCUUAUGAAAAAUUAAUGUACAAAAUGCAAAAUAACAAUAAUAUAUAUUGUAAAAAACAUGAUAGUAAUUAUAUUAUAUCUAAUGGGAUAAAUGAUCUUAUUUGUGCUCAUAAGGAAGUAAAUUAUAAUGUAUUAAAUCAUGUCACAAAUAUCAAUACUUAUGUAAAUAGUAAAAAUAUAUUUUCAAAUGUUGCUGUUACAAACGAUACUGAUUUACAUGCUUGUAAUAAUGAACAAAGAAAUAAUGUAUCCAAUCAUAAUAUUAAUAAAAAUGUCGUUAAUUUAAACAACGUUCAUUCAAUAAAUAAGGAAUUAAAUAAUUAUCCAAUUAAUUCAACACAAGAUUAUAAUACGUAUUAUGACAAAAACGGUUGUUUGGGAACAUUAACAUGUGAUAUAAAAAAUAAAAAUAACAAAAAUAAUAAAAAUAAUAAAAAUAAUAAAAAUAAUAAAAAUAAUAAAAAUAAAAAUAAUAAAAAUAAAAAUAAUAAUGAUAAUAAUAAUAAUAAUAAUAAUAAUAAUAAUAACAACAAUAAUAGUAAUAAUAAUAAGGAUAUUAUUAUAUUAAAUGAAAACAAUAUAAAUAACGCUAACAUUUUUAAUAUAAAUUCAUUAAAAGAAAAACUAUUGAAUGAUGAUAUAUCUAAAAACAAAGAAGAGACAAAAAAGAAUUGUAUCAUAAGAAAGAUUAAAAAAAGGAACAAGGGUAACCCAAAACGGAAUAAUAAUAUUAAUAAUAGAAAUAAAAAUAAUGGUCGUUAUAAAUGUGAUACCAAAAGAAUUAAGAAAAUUAACAAUGAUUUCAUGAAAAAUUUUAAAAACAAAUAUACAAGUUCUUGCAUUAAUUAUAAUAUGUAUGCUAUUAGUGAUUUAUCAACUAAUAUAAAAAAUAAGGAAAAUUUUGUUAUUGGAAAUUAUCCAUAUACUAAUGGUGUAUCCUAUAUGACAAACGGAGAAAAUAAUACUACUAAUAAUGGUAAAAAGAAUGAUGACCAAAGAAAUAAAAAGAAAAAAUAUAAUAGUAACGAAAAUAAUAAUUACUGCAACAAUAAUUUUAAUAUAAAUAAUAAUAAUAAUAAUAGUCAUUUUAGUGGUAAUAAGAACAAUAGAGGUGAUGAUAAUGAUGAGGAUGAUGAAGAAAAAAAUAACAACAAAAGAAAUAUUUAUGGUAAAAAUGGAGAAGACGAAGAAGAAGAUUAUGAUAGUGAGGAUGAUAAUAAUGAAGAAAAUGAUCAUAAUAAUAAAAAGAAGAUAAAAAGAAAAAACAAGAAAUCUAAUAAUGGAUAUAAUAAUAAUGAUGAUGAAAACAAAUGUAUUAAUAAUAAAGAUACAUUUCAUUUACCUAAAAAACAUAAUUAUGAAUAUACUAUGAACAAUAACUAUAACAUGAAUAAUGAAUAUAAUAAGGAUGAUGAAGAAAUCAAAAAUAAUUAUGACGAUAAUCAGGAUAAUGGGGAUAUAAAACAUACGGGUUGUACUAAUGCUAAUGAUGUAGAUGGGGUAAAGAGUAAAUAUCAUAAAAAUGACCACAGUGAUGACAAUAAUAAUGAUAUAAAUAAUAAUAGUGAUAGUAAUAAUAAUAAUAAUAAUAAUAACAAUAAUAACAAUAACAAUAAUAACAAUAAUAACAAUAACAAUAAUUCUUGCACAAAUAAUUGUGAAACUGUUGAUGAUCUUAUGAACCUUAAUAGCUCCAACCUAGGAAAAUUUAGUUACCUUACUAAUGUAUUAAGUCAUAAUAUUAAUAAUAUAAAUUUUAUAAAUAACAAUAAUCACAAAAUGAAUUUUCUUAAUAAUGAAAACGUGAACCAAUUCUUUAAUAAUAUGAAUUAUAAGGAUUAUGUUAAUAAUAUGAAUUAUUUAGAGCCGAAUAAUUAUAUUAAUCAUAAUAUUAAUGAAUUAAAUUAUUUUAAUAAAAAUAUUAUCCUAAACAACCUAAAUGAUAUAAAUUAUGUUAAUGGUAUAAAUAAUGAUAGAUAUAUGAAUGGAAUAAAUAAUUCACAAAUGAGUUACAAUAAUCAUUUCCGUAAUGAUAUAAUAAGCAAUGUAUUAAAAGGUGUACGGGUAAUAAAUAAAGAAAGUCAUUAUAAAAAUAAAAAUAAUAAAAAUAGUAAUAAUAAUAAUAAUAAUAAUAAUGAGGAUGAGGAUGAAGAUGAUGAUAAUAACCAAAAUAAUAAUAAUAAUAAUGAUGGGGAUGAUAAUAAUGAUAAUGAUAAUAAUGAAGAAAAUAAUAAUAUUGAUGAUUGUAUACCUUUUAAACAUCAUAAUAUGAACAAUGUAAGUAUGAAAAAUAAUGAUGGUAAUAAUGAAGAUAAUAACAAUAACCAUAACAAUAACCAUAACAACAAUAACAGCAACAAUAAUAAUAAUAAUAAUCGUAAUGGAAAUAAUAAUAUUAUUAACCCAUUCUUUUUAUAUAAUAAAAUGUUUUGCAUGAAUAAUAAUGCAAACAAUUUCAAUAAUGGUAAUAUAAUAAAUAAUUUUACAAACAAUGGUAUGGCACAUAAUCACAAUCCUAAUAUGAAUAUAAAUAAUUUUAGAAAUAAUAACAUGCAUUUUUUCCAUAAAUAUGGUAUUCAUUAUAAAGAUUUAAUACCUAUGAAUAUGUUACCAACAGCUUAUUUAAAUUUAGGUAGAGAAAGACGUUCUAGCAAGUAUGAAAAUGGUUCAUACAACAAAAAGAAAGAUUUGAUGAAAAGAAGAUAUGAAUUACAAAAAGCAAUAUUAUUAAACGUAGAUGAAAAUCUAAAAGAAGUUAUAGAUGAAAUUGUUCGUAAUUCAACUAUAUUGCCACAAAAAGGAAUGAGAGGUAGAAAUACAUUAGAUUGUAAUCAUCCAAUACAUAGUGUAUGGAAAGAUACAACAAGAGGACAUUGUUCAUGGAGAUGUAGAUGGUGGGAAAAUGGAAGACGUUUAAGUAAAAAUUUUAAUGUUAAAAGAUUUGGUAAUGAUGGCGCAUUGAGAAUGGCUAUAACUAUGAAGUUAAAAAAAAGUAAUCCCAAAGAACAAAUGCAAUUAUUAAAACAACAAAGAGAAUAUUUAAAAUUAUGUUAUGGUGAUAACUGGGAAAAAAAAAUUAAAGAAAUUCAAAAUGUGAAUAAUGCAAAUCAAACUGUAAAUAAUAAUAAUAUAAACAAAAAUAAUAUAGAUAACAAUAAUCAAAAUGAUAAUAACAGCAACAAUAGGAAUAAUAAUAAUAAUAAUAAUAAUAAUAGUAACAAUCAACAUUAUGUAUCAGCAAAUACAGAUAUAGAUAAUGAUGCUACCAUAACAUUUAAUAACCUAUUAAAUAAUAAAAAUGUACCUUACCAAUAUCUUAAUGUUAAAGAGAAGAAACAAACAUUUCAACAAUAUAAUCAUAUAAAAGACAGAGAAAUUUCUUACCCUUAUAUGCAUAUAAAAGGAGAAACUCAACAAAAUAGUAUGAAGUUAAAAAAUGAUAUAAAUAAUCAUCAUUCACAAAAUCAACUUUCAUUAUCUAACCAAGAAAAUAAUAUUUACAAAAAUAAUGUUAUGGAUGAAAAAUUACUCAUUCAAAAUUUGCAAGCAUGUAUAAAUGAAAGUAAUAAUAAUAAUAAUAAUAGUAGUAGUAGUAACAGUAAUACAAAUGGAUCAUAUAAAAACUUUCUUACAAAUACAAAUCAUAUAAGAAAUUUAGAUAAUAAUUCAUAUAAUGCGAACAAUAAUUUUAAUACACAAGUUAACUCUUCAUCAGAAUAUACACCUAAUGAUAAUUCUAUAUUAAAUAAUAACAAUAAUAAUAAUAAUUAUAAUAUGCAAAAACGUAUUCAAAAUAAUUAUUACCACAAAGGGGGAAACAACAGGAAUAUUUAA